CUUUUACAACCCGCUACAAAUACUGCGUGGCACCGUUCUUUUUAUUAUUAUUAUUGAAUGCGCCUUGUGGUCUCCGCUCCCGGCCGAUCGGAGCAUCUCGAGGGCACCAACCACGUGAUCCGCUUCUCCAUGUGCUGCAAGAACACAGACCUUUUUUUGUAACUUGGAAACAUCUGAUCAACCGGUUGUUCUUAGAGUCGGCAACUCUUGUGUGGACAAAAAAAGUUGGGGUCGGGGAGGCUCCAGCUCUUAUAUCCCAGCUUGUGCAUGCAGCACAACUUUCUCUAAGUUGUGGAGGAAAAAGUGCGCAACUUAGCGGAAAAUAACGUCUCCAUCCACCCGAAAGAGUCACGCGCACCUGUCGUCAACAUGACCCGAAGACCCUGCGCGAUUUACGCGGUCGGGAUCAUCUGCGCCUCCCUGCUAGUCGUGGGGAUUGGUUUAAUUGUGGGUCAAGUCUUCCGCACGUUUAUGCUCAACCGCCUCAAAAAGGAGAUCGUUUUGGUUGAGGGCAGCCGUGUGUUCGGGUCAUGGAAAAGCCCCCCCCCUCCAGUCUACAUGGAGUAUUUUUUCUUCAAUUUCACCAACGUGGAUGCAUUCCUCGAAGGGGCCAAGCCACAGGUCGAGCAGGUCGGACCCUACACAUACAGGGAGUACAGGUACAAGGAAAACGUGAGCAUGCUGGAAAAUGACACGAUGGUGUCUGCAUACAACUAUAAGAGUUUUGUGUUCCUGCGAGAGAAGUCUGUGGGUGACCCCGCUGUGGAUAACAUCAACACCGUCAACAUCCCAACCUGGGCUGUAAUGAACAAGGUGAAGGGGAGUUUCUGGAAGUCCUCCAUGGCGGCCAUCUGGAUGAACUCCGUCGGGUCCGGUCUCUUCACCACUCGCACCGUGGAUGAACUGCUGUGGGGCUACGAGGAUCCCUUGUUGGCUCGCGUGUCCAUCUCCAGCCCUGAAGUGGAGAAGGUCUUCGGUCUCAUGUACAAGAAAAAUGGAAGUCACUCCGGGGAAUUUGUCUACCACACUGGGAAGCAGAACUCCUUGGACUAUGGCCGUGUCAAAACAUGGAACGGCGAAAGCAAGCUGACCUUCUGGACGUCGGACCAGAGCAACAGCAUCAACGGAUCAGAUGGAAGUGCUUUCCAUCCCAUGCUAACCAAGAAUGAACGCAUUCACAUAUUUUCUCCAGACCUCUGCAGGUCGAUCCACAUGGAGUUUGAGAAAGACGUGGAGGUGAAAGGAAUCCCCGCGUACCGCUUCACUCCCCCGCGCUCGGUUUUUGCCAGCAAAGAGGAGAACCCGGCUAACGAGGGUUUCUGCAUCAGCCCGAAGGAGUGCCUGGGAACCGGCCUCCUGAAAGUCAGCCCCUGUCGCAAAGGUGCCCCAGUGGUCGCCUCCUUCCCUCAUUUUUACCUCGGAGACAAUAAGUACGUGGCGGCCAUCGAUGGGCUGUCCCCGAAAAGAGAGCAUCACCAAACAUUCCUCGACCUCAACCCGACCACUGGAGUGAUUGUACGUGCCAACAAGAGAGCACAGGUCAACAUUUUGAUCAACAGAAUCCCUGGAUUCCCGAAGACGAGAGGGCUGAAUGACACAAUCUUUCCCGUCAUGUUCAUCAAUGAGAGCGUGGUGAUUGACGACGCUUCUGCGGCCAGAGUACACAAGCUGCUGCUCAUCGUCACUCUAGUGUCCAACUUCCCGCUCUUCAUCGUGGGGCUGGGGGCCCUCCUGCUCGCCGUCUUCAUCAUCCUUCUAAUCCGAGCCCGCAAACAGAAGAAUGAAGUAAAGCGCACUGUGUUUACCAAGGCUCUCUAUGCUAGCUCCACCGAAGGGGAAACUUCUUACUCUCCAGUUAGUGGCAAAGAAAAGGAGGAAAACGGGACAAAUAUCGGUUUGACCCCGAAAGGAGAGCCCCAGGUUUGAAGAGGAGAGGGGGGGGGGGUUGUACAUCGACAACCCUCCGAAUGUCAAAUAGAGCUUUGGGUUUUCAGGAGAGGGAUAGAAAAUAAUUAAUAUUUAUUUUAUGAAUGGAAAUCUUUUGGGGUGUGGGGUUAAAGAAUUAAGGCGGGGGAACGCUUUUUUAGUCUCAAACAUCCAAUGGGUACGGAAAGUAUUCAGACCCCUUUAAAAUGUUAUGUUCACUCUUUGUUUCAUUGCAGCCAUUUGCUCAAAUGAAAAAAUCUUUUUUAAUAAAUUUGCAAAAAUUUCUACAUUUCUGUUUUUUUCUGUCAAGAUGGGGUGCUACGUGUACAUUCAUGAGAAAUAAAAUACACUUUUUUGAUUUUAGCAAACGGCUGCAAUGUGACAAAGAGUGAACAUAACAUUGUAAAGGGGUCUGAAUACUUUCCAUACCCACUGGAUAUCAUAACAUCAUGCGUGAUAGGUUGUAGCCAUGCACUACCUGCAUGUCACGAUUCAUACUGGAUACAAAACUGUAGGUAGAUCUGAAUUCCCAGAAAAGGUUUGACAUCGUUUGACCACGCUGUGCGUCCAGAGCUCCUCUCUGCUGAUUGGUGGAGUCCGCUGCUGAACGCUGGGCUCCUCUCUCCAGUAGAGACGGAGACUUCCCUUUGUGGUGGUCAACAAACAAAAACACACCUGUUUAACCUCAGGUGGGGAAUGCAUUUCAUUUUAGUGCUGUGGGCUCGCCUCGCUCUCUCAUACCGGAGUAAUGAAGUCCAUCAAAUGUGAGUUUUUUUUGUUGAUAUUAUACGCCACUCUCAGGGGGCCGCUCACUCAAUACUAUUAAAGAAGCAAAGCACACGGCACGCCUUCUCUUUGUGAAAACGCUCAAAUCAAUUCAGUAUUAAUGUGUCAUUUCAUCCUCAACUAAAUGUUACGAAACAUUGACGUGGCUCUCUAUUGUUUUUCUACUCGUGCACUGUAUUUAGAGGGAUAUCUGUGGACAUCAUUAGCACCGCACCAUAGAAACCGUCAGAGUAUAUUUUUGUAUAUAUAUAUGUAUAUACAUAUGUAUAUAUAUAUGUAUAUAUAUAUAUGUAUGUAUGUAUAUAUAUAUAUAUAUAUAUAUAUAUACACACAGUGCAAGGUGUGUUGAACUGUUUACAUUCCUCUCAGUGUAUGAUGGGAAUGAAUAUAAGACAAAACACUGAAUAUUUUGGAUAUUUAAUUUUUUUUUAAAUGAUCCAUGUCCUUCUCAUUUGUUGUAAAUGUUAAUCUGGAAAUGUAUGACUGCAGGGUUAGAGCUUCACACUUGGCUUCUAGUGCCAUAAUGACACCUGUAUCAGCCAUUAAAUAAAUAAAGCCGAGUGACAGGAUUUUAUGAUUGAAACAAUAAUUCAAACUGUACUGAAUGUGAUGUGUAUGUUGACAUUAUUUAUCUCUGUAUAACUGCUUAUAUUAACUAACCACCAUAUCAAAAUAUAAUUCAGUUUAGAGUUUCAGACACGGGGCGCUUGAUGUUCCGACAUUUGUGGUAUUUCUACAACAAGUAUAACGCAGAAAUAGUUGUUAAUGUCCCAUGCUCGAGAGCAGAAAUGAAAACUGUUUUACAGGAAUGUGACCGGGCUAUGUGCUGGUAAAUAGGGGUAACUAGCGAAUUAACCACAUUAAGUGUUGAGCGAGUAAAAUCAGGUAAAAAAGCGUUGCGAAUAUUCAAUUCCAACCGCUGAAAUCUUUCUUUGGUAAUGCAGAAUGACAUGAGGUUGCUGGGCUCUCGCAUAAUCAAACAGCGGACACGAUAGCCAGGUCAACUUCUUCUGACAUUUAAUAAGUGGACCCCAAGAUGGCGCGAUUGAGAUGCUGCCGUCACGUGAAUACGCUAGUUGUGCCUUUUUUAAAGAAUCGAUGUUACUGCAAUUGUUUUGUCUUUUAUAGUUUUCCCAUAUUUUAUGGAGGAAAAACAAAACAAAACUUUUCACACCAACAAAUCUACUCUCACGCGCAUACAUGUUUCUUCUGAAUACCAAACGACACUGAGGACGAGACCGCUAGACGCUUGUAUACUUUUGUUUUUCUCGUGGGGUCAACCCUUCUCGCUCGAGGCCGGUGGCCUUAUCCGAUGUCAGGUGCCAUUUAACAUAAUAUAGUGACUGCUGCAGAAUGACUUCAUUUGAACUGUGUAGAGCUUUUUAGUGCCGUUCUUAUUCGUAGUUGUAACACUUUAAGAAUGAAUGAGUGAUAUCAUCACGAGUUGCCUUAUCACUACAUGCACUGUCGUAACCAGCAAUAAAUAUAUCAAGACAAUAGCGGGAAAGCUGUAACAAGUUUAAUGUUGAGAUUUCUGCAUCUUUAUUUGAUUUGACUAUUUGAGUUUGAUGUAUACUUUUAAAGAGACAUGUACAGUAAGAAAAGCUAAUGAAAAUAGAAGUAAUUCACGUAGAGUGCGUAAUGUAGUUUCAUCGUAAAUAGGUGAAUGAAUGAAUAAAGAUGCAAACUAAAUACAGUAUUACACAAUAACAGAAUUGUGGUUAAAAAGGGAUCAAUUAUUGUGUUGCGUUGGUAAAACGACAACACCAGAAGCACGAUGUACACUUGUACUUUGAUAACAGAUUGUACUUUCUGAAAUGAUUGUUACUGCUAUAACCACUUAUUUUUUUCAUUGUCAAAUGCUUUGAAACACUGACUGUGACUACUGUUUUUAUUGUGCAUACAAAAAUAAAAGUAGCAUCAGGAAA